AUGGACACCAACAUGGAGGACGUGAAGAUGCCAGAACCCAUGCAGCUGUCGUCUGCCCCCACCUCGGAGCCAACCACAAUUCCUACCCUGGACGGCUGGAUUGAGAGUCUCAUGAGCUGCAAGCAGCUGGCUGAGAGCGACGUGCAGAGACUGUGCGACAAGGCCCGUGAGGUGCUUCAGGACGAGUCAAACGUACAGCCAGUGAAAUGCCCCGUCACAGUAUGCGGCGAUAUUCACGGCCAAUUCCACGAUUUGAUGGAGUUGUUCAAGAUUGGCGGCCCAAACCCAGACACGAACUACCUCUUCAUGGGUGAUUAUGUUGACCGAGGUUACUUCUCCGUUGAGACUGUGACCCUGCUAGUCGCUCUCAAGAUUCGAUACCCCCAGCGUAUUACCAUCCUUCGCGGAAAUCACGAAUCCCGCCAAAUCACCCAGGUAUAUGGCUUCUACGACGAGUGCCUCCGAAAGUACGGAAACGCAAACGUUUGGAAGUACUUCACAGACCUUUUUGAUUAUCUCCCGCUUACUGCCUUGAUCGACAAUCAAAUCUUCUGUCUGCACGGUGGUCUUUCUCCCAGCAUCGACACUCUCGAUAACAUCAGGGCGCUUGAUCGGAUACAAGAAGUACCGCAUGAGGGACCCAUGUGUGAUCUGCUCUGGUCCGAUCCAGAUGAUAGGUGUGGUUGGGGUAUAUCCCCCCGCGGUGCAGGAUACACCUUCGGCCAGGACAUCUCAGAAGCGUUCAAUCACAACAACGGUUUGACCCUUGUGGCGAGAGCUCAUCAGCUUGUCAUGGAGGGAUAUAACUGGUCGCAAGACAGGAAUGUCGUGACGAUAUUCUCAGCACCAAACUAUUGCUACAGAUGUGGCAAUCAGGCCGCAAUCAUGGAGAUUGACGAACAUCUCAAAUACACUUUCCUGCAGUUCGACCCCUGCCCGCGAGCUGGCGAGCCGAUGGUAUCACGAAGGACCCCGGAUUACUUCCUAUAA